AUGGAAUCGCUUGCCAAGUUCGGAAUAUCGCAGUAUACAACCAGAAGGCCAUUGAAAAGAAUUAAUGGGGUUAUUAAAUAUCUCUCUAGUGACUUUCAGGUUAACGAAAUAGAUUUAUCUGGAAACGUGCUAACAAGUGAGGAUUUUAUUGAUAUUGAUAAAAUCGAACAGAGUAUAAAUAGGGCAAAAUCGUAUAUUCUAGGUCACGAUGUAUUUAAGUCGACCGAUUGGAUUAACAAUAUUUUGGAAUCGGGUAUAUUUACCGUAAAUGAUCAAGAAGCAAUAAUUAAAUUGAUUCAGCAAUUAUCCGACAUAUUUAAUAAUAGGAAUGGUGUAGAAUUGACACAAUUCCCCUGCGCCAUACUGAAAGGUGAUGAAAAUAUUCUCAAUAUGAAGAGUUACCGAAAGGAUAUUCAUGAUUUUGUUCGCAAAAAAUUCCCCUUCCUCAAUUCAACUGCCGUAACUAGUGAAAUUGCUCGUCAAUUUCAACAUUUAUCCAAUAAUCAAAGUUUUGAUGUAGAUGUUGAUGAAGAAAAUGGCAAUUUAGCAAUAAAAUAUUUAUUAUUGUUCCCACAUAAAAUGUGUUUGGAUAGCUUAAACUUAAAAAUGUCGUCGGAAAUACAACAACUAAAUGCAGAACUUCCAUUUUCCAACGAACGAAAGGAAUGUUUGAUACUAGGUGAAAUGGCGACGGGGGUUGAAGUUGAAAAUGUAGAACUAGUAAAGGAUAAGUGUUCGAAGAAACCCUAUUAUAUAACAUUUAAUCUUUCAAAGAUAAAUAAAGAUACAAGUGAAGUUGUUGAAAUGCUUUGUAAAUGUCUAAAAAAAUCUAGUAAAGAAGUUUCAUUUGCGGGAACAAAAGAUAAGCGUGCCAUCACUGUGCAACAAUUUUGUAUCAAACAAACAAGACUGGAACAGCUACUAUUGUGUAUGACUUAUAAGGGUUGGGAUAAAAACGUGUUUCUAUCCAAAUUUAAAUAUACAAGAGAAAAGGUUGGUAUUGGGGAUUUGUUUGGUAACGAAUUUAAAAUCGCAAUAAGAGGAAUUCAUACUUCCGACAUUGGCCACUUUGUGGAAUGCUUUGACAAUUUGAAUGAAAAUGGAUUUAUUAAUUAUUUUGGGAUGCAAAGAUUUGGUACUUUCAAAGUCAAAACGCACAUGAUAGGGGCCGCAAUUUUAGCUUGUGAAUAUGAACAGGCAAUAAGACUCAUUUUAGGUGAUGUAAAUCUGGCUCAAAAGUUUCCAUCUUUCAUACAUCACGGCCUAGAUCUAGACAUUGAAUAUUUGAAAAACGGUGAUAUUGAUAAAACAAUAAAAACGCUACCGCAUCACAUGUACAUUGAAAAGAAUAUAUUAAUGAAUCUGAAACGUAAUUGUACAUUUAAACAGUGUCUGGAAAGGAUGCCAAGGAAUACUUUAACAAUGUACAUCCACGCUGCACAGAGUCUAAUAUUCAAUUUCAUCGCAUCUAAAAGGAUUGAAAUGGGAUAUAAACCAAUGAUUGGUGAUUUAGUUCUGCAGCCAAAUUCCACUGACGAGGUGAAAGUGUUGGAAAGUGAAGAAGAGUGUAGUAUGUAUAGGAUUACCGAUAUUGUCAUACCACUGCCCGGGGAUUCAGUGACAUAUCCACCAAAUCUGAAUAAUGAUUAUGAAAAGAUUUCUUUGGAACAGUUAGGUACCAAUUUUAAUACCACCGCGCCAAUGUUUCAGAUGAGAGGAUCCUACAGGCACUUAAUUGUCAAACCAAUUGGUUUAGAAUAUUACAUUACAGAUAAACUGAAUGCGCAUGAUCAGAUAAUCUUAGACUCUGAAAUAGACCGUCAUUCUAUCAAACGCAAGAGGACUCACAGGGCGUUAGUAGAUAACCAGGAUCUGGAAGGCAAAGUUGCCAUUGUCUUAUCUUGUAGAUUGCGAAAAUCAUCAUACAUGACUAUGGCUCUAAGGGAAAUAUUUGAGUUGAAUUCUUGA